AUGGGUAAGUUCGACGAGAACGAGAGGAUAAUCCUCAACGUUGGGGGAACCCGGCACGAGACGUACAAGAACACGCUGAGGACACUGCCGGGGACUCGGCUGGCCCUUCUUGCCUCCGACUCAGACAUCGAGUCCGUUUUGGAUCAGCUGCAACAAGUCCCCGGCUUCUUAGAGUACAACACGCGGAACAACGAAUACUUUUUUGACCGCCACCCAGGGGUAUUCGCCUAUGUCCUUAACUACUAUCGAACCGGGAAACUCCAUUGCCCGGCAGAUGUUUGUGGUCCGCUGUUCGAGGAAGAGCUGUCCUUCUGGGGAAUCGAUGAGACGGACGUGGAGCCUUGCUGCUGGAUGACCUAUCGCCAGCACAGGGACGCGGAGGAGGCGCUCGAUGUGUUCGACAUAAACGUUGACAAUGGAGACGAGGACGAAGAGACGGGGAAAAGACUCGGCAUUGAGGACGUGAUUGAUCCUAAUAUCAGCCGCUGGAAAAAGUGGAGACCUGUGAUUUGGAAUCUAUUUGAGGAUCCCUAUUCUUCCAGAGCGGCAAGGGUAAGAGCGCGCGCUUGUGUGGAGAGAUCAGAUAACAGUCCAAGCACAACAAGUUAAGCCUCCUGUAGCUCAGUUGGUAGAGCAUGGCGCUUGCAACACCAGGGUUGUGGGUUCGAUUCCCAUGGGGGGCCAGUAUGAAAAAUGUAUGUACUCACUAACUCUAAGUCGCUCUGGAUAAGAGCGUCUGCUAAAUGACUAAAAUGUAAAAUGUAAGUUUCCCCGAUCCUUUUUUUUGUUGCACAGAUUCCUUCUAAUCAAAUAAAAAUUAUUACACAAAUAUAACAUACAUUAUAUAUUAUUAACAUUUUCAAUUCGAUGUAAGGGACAUAAGUUGUCUGCUUAUUCACAUUUCAGUGUGCAUCAAAGAAGAUUCAACUGUUUUCUUAAUCACCUUUUAGACUUAAAUAUAGUUGAAAUAAUUAAACUCGAUCGUUUUUCUCUUUUUCUCGAUCGUUUUACACAGGUAUGCAUUUAAACAUAAUUGUGGUGCGUAAAUACAGAUUUAAAUUAAGCUACACUACCUAUCCAAGAUAAUGAGAAACAAGUGGAAAUAUUUCACGAAUUAGAUUUCUGUUUUUGAUACCACCAAACUUGUUUUCUUUCUUCUGUCAGUUGGGUUUGUUUGAUAUUGAACGUGACGUAUGAUAGAGGGGUGAUGGAAUGGUCCAUCGCUCAACAGAAAUAGGCUGUUGUAGAACCUGUGGUUAGACACACCACCACAUUCCCAAAUUGUACCAUUUAUCUGUAAACCUAUACCAGAAACAUUACGUAUUUGGCCUUAAGCCUACUUUUACGCACAAGAUUCGGGCAGUUAUUUAUUUAAAAUGAUUAAUUAAUUUCAAAAUGUACGUUUAAAAUAUCAAUUCAUUUUAAAUGGUUACAGCAAUGGUCAGGACAUGAGCCGAAAUUCGAUCAUUGUAACAAUGUAAACACUAAAACAUGAAUUGAUUGCUUUGAUUGAAAUGCUCUUGGGCAAUUUUACAUGUUGGAGUGAGAUGUGCGCCCCAUAUUAAUAGCCUGCGUGAGAAAGUAUUUCAGAAUAUUUACCUAACGCAGAGGGCGUUAGACUAACUGUCACUUACAAUUGGCUCUUUUGCAUACUUUGUUAUCUAUCAGUUAUUUCUUGUUGAUUUAAGUCGAAUUCUAUAGGUUGCUGUCAAUCAUUUGUUAAUUGGACUCCUGGCAAAUGUGUCUUCUCUCACUGAAAUGUUAGGGUGAGCCUUGUACCUAUCAGUCCACACCUUAUCCAUGCCAACUGUAUGCUCACCUGACCAGUGCAGGACUAGUGUUUACUGGCCUGCAGUUGUUUUGCUCAAUGGGCAGUAGAUAACCAUCUCAUUGGCCGGCUGGCUAUGGAGUCAGCGCACCAGAGGCUCUUGGCCGCUGUCAUGUCACAGUGUGCGUCACAGUGUGCACCCCAUUAUUUUAGGAGACUAAAAUGACCUCCUGUCUCAUCUUCCUCCUGCCUAAACGGUCUUGUUUAUACCCAUCUCAUCUCUCACUAGCAGGAGGCCAAUUAAUAGCAUCUCCCUGGGGAGACUGUACUGUUGACAGUGCCUUGAAACAGACAGGUCUGUCUUGAGCUGGAUAGAAUAAUGAAGCCAGGGCCCGUAUCCACAAAGCUUGUCACUCGGAGUGCUGAUCUAGGAUCAGAUCCCCACUGCCCAUGUAAUAUGUUUCCAUUAUGAUAUAAAAGGCACAACUGAUCCUAAAUCCGCGCUGGGCUAAAGCCUAGCGCUACCACUUACAAUGGAACAUGGACAUGGACAUGGACGCAUACAAUAAAUCCCGCUACAACCUCCGACGAGACAUCAAACAUGCAAAAGGACAAUUUAGGAGGAAGGUGGAAUCCUAUUACACCGGCUACGAUGCUCGUCGUAUGUGGCAGGGUUUGUAGACAAUAACGGAUUACAAAGGGAAACUCAGCUAUGAGCUGCCCAGCGAUGCAGAACUCCCAAAUGAGCUAAAUGCCCUUUAUGCUUGCUUCGAGGAAUAUAACACUGUGUGAUCUCGCUCUCAGUGGCCGAUGUGAGCAAAACGUUUAAACAGGUUAACAAUCACAAGGCCGCGGGCCAGAUGGAAUACCAGGGCGCGUUCUCAAAGCAUGCACAGACCAGCUGGCAGGUGUCUUCACAGACAUUUUCAAUCCCUCCUUGUCCCAGUCUGUAAUCCCAACAUGUUUUAAGAUGACCACCAUUGUCCCUGUUCCCAAGAUCUCCAAGGUAACCUGCCUAAAUUACUAUCGCCCUGUAGCACUCACAUCUGUAAUUAUGAAGUGUUUUGAAUGGCUGGUCAUGAGACACAUCAACACCAUCCUCCCAGACACCCUAGACCCACUCCAAUUCGCAGACCGCCCCAAAAGAUCCACAGAUGACAAAAUCUCAAUUGCACUUCACACUACCCUCUCCCACCUGGACAAAAGGGGAAAUAACUAUGUGAGAAUGCUGUUCAUAGACUACAGCUCAGUGUUCAACACCAUAGUGCCCUCCAAGCUCAUCACCAAGCUAGGGCCCCUGGGACUGAACCCCUCCCUCUGCAACUGGUUCCUGGACUUCCUGACGGGCCGGCCCCAGGUGGUGAGGGUAGGCAACAACACCUACUCCACUCUGACCCUCAACACAGGGGCCCCUCAGAGGUGUGUGCUUAGUCCCCUCCUAUACUCCCUGUUUACCCACGACUGUGUGGCCGCGUACGACUCCAACACCAUCAUCAAGUUUGCUGACGACACGACGGUGGUAGGCCUGAUCACUGAUGGCGAUGAGUCAGCCUACAGGGAGGAGGUCAGAGACUUAGCAGUAUGGUGCCAGGACAAUAACCUCUCCCUCAACGUCAGUAAGACCAAGGAGCUGAUCGUGGACUAUAGAAGAAAGAGGGGAGAGCACGCCCACAUCCACAUCGACGGGGCUGUUGUGGGACGUCUCGAGAGCUUCAACUUCCUUGGCGUCCACAUCACUAAGGACUUAACAUGGUCCACACACACCCGUACAGUUGUGAAGAGGGCAUACAGCUGCAUCAUCGAGAGCAUCUUGACUGGCUGCAUCACCGCUUGGUAUGGCAAUUGCACCGCCCUUGACCGCAAAGUGCUACAAAGGGUGGUGCGGACAGCCCAAUACAUCACUGGGGCCGAGCUCCCUGCCAUCCAGGACCUCUAUAUCAGGCGGUGUCAGAGAAAGGCCCGAAAAAUUGCCAAAGACUCCCAAGCCAUAGACUGUUCACUCUGGUACUGUCCGGCUAACGGUACCGGAGCAUUGGCUCUCGGACAAACAGGCUCAGAGACAGCUUCUACCCCAAAGCCAUAAGACUGCUAAAUAGCCAGAUUGCUAAAUAGUAAAUUAAUGGUAACCGAACUAUCUGCACUGACUUUAUCUUGCACCUAUCUUGCACUUUACCUAGUCACUUUACCUUGCCUUCAUGUACAUACAGUGGGGAAAAAAAGUAUUUAGUCAGCCACCAAUUGUGCAAGUUCUCCCACUUAAAAAGAUGAGAGAGGCCUGUAAUUUUCAUCAUAGGUACACGUCAACUAUGACGGACAAAAUGAGGAAAAAAAAUCCAGAAAAUCACAUUGUAGGAUUUUUAAUGAAUUUAUUUGCAAAUUAUGAUGGAAAAUAAGUAUUUGGUCAAUAACAAAAGUUUCUCAAUACUUUGUUAUAUACCCUUUGUUGGCAAUGACACAGGUCAAACAUUUUCUGUAAGUCUUCACAAGGUUUUCACACACUGUUGCUGGUAUUUUGGCCCAUUCCUCCAUGCAGAUCUCCUCUAGAGCAGUGAUGUUUUGGGGCUGUCGCUGGGCAACACGGACUUUCAACUCCCUCCAAAGAUUUUCUAUGGGGUUGAGAUCUGGAGACUGGCUAGGCCACUCCUGGACCUUGAAAUGCUUCUUACGAAGCCACUCCUUCGUUGCCCGGGCGGUGGGUUUGGGAUCAUUGUCAUGCUGAAAGACCCAGCCACGUUUCAUCUUCAAUGCCCUUGCUGAUGGAAGGAGGUUUUCACUCAAAAUCUCACGAUACAUGGCCCCAUUCAUUCUUUCCUUUACACGGAUCAGUCGUCCUGGUCCCUUUGCAGAAAAACAGCCCCAAAGCAUGAUGUUUCCACCCCCAUGCUUCACAGUAGGUAUGGUGUUCUUUGGAUGCAACUCAGCAUUCUUUGUCCUCCAAACACGACGAGUUGAGUUUUUACCAAAAAGUUAUAUUUUGGUUUCAUCUGACCAUAUGACAUUCUCCCAAUCCUCUUCUGGAUCAUCCAAAUGCACUCUAGCAAACUUCAGACGGGCCUGGACAUGUACUGGCUUAAGCAGGGGGACACGUCUGGCACUGCAGGAUUUGAGUCCCUGGUGGCGUAGUGUGCUACUGAUGGUAGGCUUUGUUACUUUGGUCCCAGCUCUCUGCAGGUCAUUCACUAGGUCCCCCCGUGUGGUUCUGGGAUUUUUGCUCACCGUUCUUGUGAUCAUUUUGACCCCACGGGGUGAGAUCUUGCGUGGAGCCCCAGAUCGAGGGAGAUUAUCAGUGGUCUUGUAUGUCUUCCAUUUCCUAAUAAUUGCUCCCACAGUUGAUUUCUUCAAACCAAGCUGCUUACCUAUUGCAGAUUCAGUCUUCCCAGCCUGGUGCAGGUCUACAAUUUUGUUUCUGGUGUCCUUUGACAGCUCUUUGGUCUUGGCCAUAGUGGAGUUUGGAGUGUGACUGUUUGAGGUUGUGGACAGGUGUCUUUUAUACUGAUAACAAGUUCAAACAGGUGCCAUUAAUACAGGUAACGAGUGGAGGACAGAGGAGCCUCUUAAAGAAGAAGUUACAGGUCUGUGAGAGCCAGACAACUUGCUUGUUUGUAGGUGACCAAAUACUUAUUUUCCACCAUAAUUUGCAAAUAAAUUCAUUAAAAAUCCUACAAUGUGAUUUUCUGGAUUUUUUUCUUCUCAAUUUUUCUGUCAUAGUUGACGUGUACCUAUGAUGAAAAUUACAGGCCUCUCUCAUCUUUUUAAGUGGGAGAACUUGCACAAUUGGUGGCUGACUAAAUACUUUUUUCCCCCACUGUAUCUACCUCAAAUACCUUAUUAUUAUCGAUCCUGAUGCCUAGUCACUUUACCCUGCCUUCAUGUACAUAUCUACCUCAAAUACCUCGUACCUCUGCACAUUGAUCUGGUACUGGUACUCCCUGUAUAUAGCUCCACAUUGAUCUGGUACUGGUACUCCCUGUAUAUAGCUCCACAUUGAUCUGGUACUGGUACUCCCUGUAUAUAGCUCCACAUUGAUCUGGUACUGGUACUCCCUGUAUAUAGCUCCACAUUGAUCUGGUACUGGUACUCCCUGUAUAUAGCUCCACAUUGAUCUGGUACUGGUACUCCCUGUAUAUAGCUCCACAUUGAUCUGGUACUGGUAUUUCCUGUAUAUAGCUCCACAUUGAUCUGGUACUGGUACUCCCUGUAUAUAGCUCCACAUUGAUCUGGUACUGGUACUCCCUGUAUAUAGCUCCACAUUGAUCUGGUACUGGUACUCCCUGUAUAUAGCUCCAUUCUUGUGUAUUUUAUUUUAUUCCUCUUGUGUUAGUUAAUAUUUUAUUUUGAAUUAUUGUUUUUAAACUCUGCAUCGUUGGGAGAGGUUCGUAAGCAAGCAUUUCACUGUAAAGUCUACACCAGUUGUAAAUCGGCGCAUGUGAUAAAUACAAUUUGAUUUGAUUUGAUCAGCACGCCUACUCUGAGACGCUUCAUGAAAGCAGGACCUGGCCGCUCAUAUGGUCAAUUAUAUACAAUCAAUAACAAUGUUAUUUAUUUAUUUGAUCCCCCUCUCUCUCCUGCACCUUGACAUAACUUGUUAAACAAAGUCUCCAUUAGAUAGCUGGCUUUGAUCCCACACCAGGAGUAUAGAGCGCACCACACAAGGAGAUAAAACGUCUGGACCAUUGAUCCAGUGAAUAAUUAAUUGUUUCCCCAACCGUCUAAUCCGAGGUUCUGUCUGCCCGCAAUCUAAAUUUUUUACGAACUGGCGAGGGGGAAGGGAGGUGUGGUCUUUGACCUUGCCCCUCGCCUUCUCCCAGUCAGUCAGUCAAUACCUAGGGAACUUUUAGCAGGCACACACACACACGCACGCACGCACACAUACACACACACACACACACACACACACACACACACACACACACACACACACACACACACACACACACACACACACACACACACACACACACACACACACACACACACACACUUCAGGAGUCAGAACGGAGUGACACGGAGAAGAAAUGACAAUCAAAGUCCCCACUCAGUCUUCAACUACAGUAUUUCUGUAAUUGCGUUCAUAGAGGUCACUCCCCCAUGGUCCUCUGAUGAUGCUCAUGGUAAUCUCUUGUCUCAGUGUGGUGGAGGAGGCUGCCUGACUGCUUCACUUUGAUGCCUAAGCCCCUCUCUCAUGUUAUUCCUGGGCUCCUGGGCUUUACUUCCCCCCCUGAGCGCUGCGAGGCUGAGAUCUCUCACCUCCCCAGACGGCAUGUGCUAGAGAACCCACAGGCUCCUAAUCCUCCCUUGACAAGGUGUUAAAGUAGAAUAAUGGGGACUUGUUCCCUUGGAAAUUAGAUGGCUGGUUGGCGUUGCUGCAACUCCAGCCGCCACCGCCGUCCACUCAGUCACUGUUAUACCAGAGAACUACUGAUGCCAGUAGGCAUUAUCUUAAAUAAAUCCCACGGAUCAGACAGUGAAAAAUGCACUUGGCUUUUCCUACUAGCACUGACUAGCACCAAGACAAGAGGGUAUGUCUAUAGCAAACACUUAACAGAGGGAACAAAUCCCCACAUCUCACAUGCCUUUCAGCAAUGACGGAUGAAUGUGAGGAUGGGUCAGAGAACACAGGCCCUGUUCAGCUGUAUUGUGGGUCAGCCCCUAUCCUGUCUUUGGAUGUUUCCUGUUACACAUAAAUGCUAAAGCUUGAGUAGUUAUCUCAAAUUGUUUUAAUUAACACUGAUGUUGCCAUUUGAGGUAGUCAUAUUAUGAAGUGCUCUCAACGCCAUCUAGAGUCUUCCGUGCCCCUCAACUUUGACCCCUGCCGUGUCCCUCAACUUUGACCUCUGCCGUGUCCCUCAACUUUGACCUCUGCCGUGCCCCUCAACUUUGACCUCUUCCGUGCCCCUCAACUUUAACCUCUUCCAUGCCCCUCAACUUUGACCUCCUCCGUGCCCCUCAACUUGGACCUCUGCUUAAACAGACCGGAAGACCACCACACCACAGUCAGGAGCUCAGUCUGGGAUUUGCUGUAGGGAGUAUAAUGUGUUUUGCACAGUGCUGCUUCUGUUUACAGGGUAGUGUGGUGCAUGGUUAUGAUGGUGAUGGUGACAAUAACAACAGUUGAUGAUACGUGUGAAUAUGGUUGCAUCCCAAAAGGCAGCCUAUUCUCUGGCACCCUAUUCCCACAGUAUAUAGGGAAUAAGGUGCCAUUUGAGAAGCACACCAUGAGUUUGUACUGUAUAUGAAGGGGCAAGAGGUACAGCUGCACAUUACGUGAGUUUCUCCUUUUCUGACAUCAUUCUACAGACAUUACAGUGUUCUAGUGCCUGUGUGCCCAGUGUUCAGCUAGAACUGGCCCUAGAAUGCCCAGAGAAUUCUGGUAGUGCUGGAAACCGAUUACUGAUUGGAGGAAAACCCUUAAAAUGAACUCUUUCAAAUUCCCCACUGCUGACGUCACAUAGCAGGCUUCAGAAUGUCAAUGUGCUCCUCCAUCUGUGAAUGCUUAUGCUAGCUGAUAACAGCAGUUGUGUGUGUGUGGGGGGGGGGGGUGUGUCCCCAGGCCUCCUGAGUGGCGCAGUGGUCUAAGGCACUGCAUCGCAGUGCUAGCUGUGCCACUAGAGAUCCUGGUUCGAAUCCAGGCUCUGUCGUAGCCGGCCGUGACCGGGAGACCCAUGGGGCGGCGCACAAUUGGCCCAGCGUCGUCCAGGGUAGGGGAGGGAAUGGCCGGCAGGGAUGUAGCUCAGUUGGUAGAGCAUGGCGUUUGCAACGCCUGGGUUGUGGGUUUGAUUCCCACGGGGGGCCAGUAUAAAAAAUAAUGUAUGCACUUACUAACUGUAAGUCGCUCUGGAUAAGAGCGUCUGCUAAAUGACGUAAAUGUAAUGUCCUACGGAUUGAUGAAUCCAUACUGUUCUCCCCAUUAUAAUAUGCCAUUUAGCAGACGCUUUUAUCCAAAGCGACUUACAGUCAUGCGUGCAUACAUUUUUUUUAAUUUAUUUUUUUGUGUAUGGGUGGUCCCGGGGUUUGAACCCACUACCUUGGCGUUACAAGCGCCGUGCUCUACCAGCUGAGCUACAGAGGACCACCCAUUCAUAUCUCCCCUUAAGCUACGCUCAGUGUCUGUGUGUGUGUGUUCUCCUGUGUUGCUAAUCGGUUUGUUUGUCUCUUCUUGUAUCUCUGUAGUUGGCCGUGGCAGGAUUGGGAUGGUAAAACAAACCAUUAUCAUUAUCAUGUUGUUUGUGCCUGUAUACAGUCACUCGAAGGCGGAGGUUCCCCUUCCGACGCCCAGACUCUGACUCUUUCCUCCGCUUUCUUUCAUUUCCCAUGAUCCCUUCAGAGACUGAAGCUUUGCUUCCUGCCACUUAAGAGGUUAAACCCACACUGUCUGGGUUGCCGCUGCCGCCCGCCCGCCGCGCACCUGGAGAUGCUCCCGACCCCGGCCCAGGCUUGCGCUCGCUCAGCCUGUUGUCAUGGCAACACGCUCGCUCAUGCUCGCUCUCUUCCUGUUUUCAUUCAGAGCUGCCCGGUCUGUGAAACCGUCAAACAUGACCCACCCCCCACCACCACCGCCGCUCCAUAAUCCUUUAUGUACUUACAUAUUGGAUGCAUAAAAGGCAUUACAUGUUUUUGAGGGCCAAUAGGGCGUUGUCUUUAUGCAUGUGUUUUUAAUAAUGUCUCCUAUAAGAUAUUCUAAAGAGCUAGGUGGAUGAAGGAGGUUUUGUUUGCCUGCUUCUUUCUGUGGCGAAUUGUCACAGCUACGUGUGUCAGAGAGAGCCUGCCUGUGUCAAUGCUGGCACAUAAUAUGCACUUUGUGCCUUUCUAUAGGCCUGUUCUGUCAUCACAAGCACCUAUAGGUCUGUUCUGCCAUUACAAGCACCUAUAGGUCUGUUCUGCCAUUACAAGCACCUAUAGGUCUGUUCUGUCAUUACAAGCACCUAUAGGUCUGUUCUGUCAUUACAAGCACCUAUAGGUCUGUUCUGUCAUUACAAGCACCUAUAGGCCUGUUCUGUCAUCACAAGCACCUAUAGGUCUGUUCUGCCAUUACAAGCACCUAUAGGCCUGUUCUGUCAUCACAAGCACCUAUAGGUCUGUUCUGUCAUUACAAGCACCUACAGUGAGGGAAGAAAGUAUUUGAUCCCCUGCUGAUUUUGUACGUUUGCCCACUGACAAAGAAAUGAUCAGUCUAUAAUUUUAAUGGUAGGUUUAUUUGAACAGUGAGAGACAGAAUAACAACAACAAAAUCCAGAAAAACGCAUGUCAAAAAUGUUAUAAAUUGAUUUGCAUUUUAAUGAGGGAAAUAAGUAUUUGACCCCGUCAAUCAGAAAGAUUUCUGGCUCCCAGGUGUCUUUUAUACAGGUAACGAGCUGAGAUUAGGGGCACACUCUUAAAGGGAAUGCUCCUAAUCUCAGUUUGCUAUCUGUAUAAAAGACACCUGUCCACAGAAGCAAUCAAUCAAUCAGAUUCCAAACUCUCCACCAUGGCCAAGACCAAAUAGCUCUCCAAGGAUGUCAGGAACAAGAUUGUAGACCUACACAAGGCUGGAAUGGGCUACAAGACCAUCGCCAAGCAGCUUGGUGAGAAGGUGACAACAGUUGGUGCGAUUAUUCGCAAAUGGAAGAAACACAAAAUAACUGUCAAUCUCCCUCGGCCUGGGGCUCCAUGCAAGAUCUCACCUCGUGGAGUUGCAAUGAUCAUGAGAACGGUGAGGAAUCAGCCCAGAACUACACAGGAGGAUCUUGUCAGUGAUCUCAAGGCAGCUGGGACCAUAGUCACCAAGAAAACAAUUGGUAACACACUACGCCGUGAAGGACUGAAAUCCUGCAGCGCCCGCAAGGUCCCCCUGCUCAAGAAAGCACAUAUACAUGCCCGUCUGAAGUUUGCCAAUGAACAUCUGAAUGAUUCAGAGGAGAACUGGGUGAAAGUGUUGUGGUCAGAUGAGACCAAAAUGGAGCUCUUUGGCAUCAACUCAACUCGCCGUGUUUGGAGGAGGAGGAAUGCUGCCUAUGACCCCAAGAACACCAUCCCCACCGUCAAACAUGGAGCUGGAAACAUUAUGCUUUGGGGGUGUUUUUCUGCUAAGGGGUCAGGACAACUUCACCGCAUCAAAGGGACGAUGGACGGGGCCAUGUACCGUCAAAUCUUGGGUGAGAACCUCCUUCCCUCAGCCAGGGCAUUGAAAAUGGGUCGUGGAUGGGUAUUCCAUGAUUACAAUGACCCAAAACACAUGGCCAAGGCAACAAACGAGUGGCUCAAGAAGAAGCACAUUAAGGUCCUGGAGUGGCCUAGCCAGUCUCCAGACCUUAAUCCCAUAGAAAAUCUGUGGAGGGAGCUGAAGGUUCGAGUUGCCAAACGUCAGCCCCGAAACCUUAAUGACUUGGAGAAGAUCUGCAUAGAGGAGUGGGACAAAAUCCCUCCUGAGAUGUGUGCAAACCUGGUGGCCAACUACAAGAAACGUCUGACCUCUGAUUGCCAACAAGAGUUUUGCCACCAAGUACUAAGUCAUGUUUUGCAGAGGGGUCAAAUACUUAUUUCCCCAUUAAAAUGCAAAUCAAUUUAUAACAUUUUUGACAUGCAUUUUUCUGGAUUUUUUUGUUGUUAUUCUGUCUCUCACUGUUCAAAUAAACCUACCAUUAUAAUUAUAGACUGAUCAUGUCUUUGUCAGUGGGCAAACGUACAAAAUCAGCAGGGGAUCAAAUACUUUUUUCCCUCACUGUAUAGGUCUGUUCUGUCAUUACAAGCACCUAUAGAUCUGUUCUGUCAUUACAAGCACCUAUAGGUCUGUUCUGUCAUUACAAGCACCUAUAGAUCUGUUCUGUCAUUACAAGCACCUAUAGGCCUGUUCUGUCAUUACAAGCACCUAUAGGUCUGUUCUGCCAUUACAAACACCUAUAGGUCUGUUCUGCCAUUACAAGCACCUAUAGGUCUGUUCUGUCUAAGUUUAGGAGUGCAAGGUAACCCGGUGAUGUGGUAACAGCUGACUGCUGUGCCCUUUGAGUGAAUUCAACCUGACGUGUAAACAGAAAUGCCUGCCUGUGCGUGGGUGGCGUCGGCACGCCGCUGGGUAUGUUUGUAGCCACUGCCAGUCACGUUAAUCUCUCCCGUCAAUCAUCCCACACUACUCUCCUUUGCAGUGUAAUAACUCACAAUAUUAGCCACGUCGUUAAGGAGCUAUCAUUUUGGCCUCGUCAUCAUCAAGUGCUUAAAAGUGACCUUCUUUUCCUACUGUUGUUGAUGGUAGUCAACCACAUUAUGACAGGUGACUGAUCCAUGAUGUAGGACUGAUCCAUGACAGGUGACUGAUCCAUGACAGGUGACUGAUCCAUGAUGUAGGACUGAUCCAUGAUAUAGGACUGAUCCAUGACAGGUGACUGAUCCAUGAUGUAGGACUGAUCCAUGAUGUAGGACUGAUCCAUGACAGGUGACGGAUCCAUGAGGUAGGACUGAUCCAUGACAGGUGACUGAUCCAUGACAGGUGACUGAUCCAUGACGUAGGACUGAUCCAUGAUGUAAGACUGAUCCAUGACAGGUGACUGAUCCAUGAUGUAGGACUGAUCCAUGAUGUAGGACUGAUCCAUGACAGGUGACUGAUCCAUGAGGUAGGACUGAUCCAUGACAGGUGACUGAUCCAUGACAGGUGACUGAUCCAUGACGUAGGACUGAUCCAUGAUGUAAGACUGAUCCAUGACAGGUGACGGAUCCAUGACGUAUGACUGAUCCAUGACAGGUGACUGAUCCAUGAUGUAGGACUGAUCCAUGACAGGUGACUGAUCCAUGACGUAGAACUGAUCCAUGAUGUAGGACUGAUCCAUGACAUGUGACUGAUCCAUGACGUAGGACUGAUCCAUGACAGGUGACUGAUCCAUGACGUAGAACUGAUCCAUGACGUAGGACUGAUCCAUGAAGUAGGACUGAUCCAUGACAGGUGACUGAUCAAUGAUGUAAGACUGAUCCAUGACAGGUGACUGAUCCAUGACAGGUGACUGAUCCAUGACAGGUGACUGAUCAAUGAUGUAAGACUGAUCCAUGACGUAGGACUGAUCCAUGACGUAGGACUGAUCCAUGACGUAGGACUGAUCCAUGACGUAGGAUUGAUCCAGUUUGAUCAUAUUGUGAGAGCUGGGGGAGUAGUACUUGAGUGUGCUGCCAUGGUGAACACAGGGUGUGUGUUUAUGGUGUGUGUGUGUGACUGUGUAUUUGUGUAUGUGUGUGUGUGUGUGAGUGAGCAUGAGUAUGUAUGUUCAUGGAUUGUUAAUGAGAGAGAGACGUUCCGUAUGCCUGAGUGAACCCCACGCCUCAGAGAGUAGAGAGGGUGUCUGCCAUGUGCUGAGCUUCACAAGGCUGCAUCCAUUUCUCUCUUUCUCACUCUCUCUUUCUCCCCCUUUCCUUGUGUGCUGCAUCAGCUCAUGCCCUGGCCAAACGCCAUAAAGAAAUAUCACUACACUUACCAGUUAAAACGAAACAAACUGUCUAAAGGACCACAUGUGAAGGAGAGGCUGUGGCGUGAUGAAAUAACGACCGCCAUCAUCGCUCAGGAAGGACAGGAGCCUGAUGGAUUGUGGGAAGUCAGUCAUUGCCACACAGUCUUGCCCUUGUCCUUGAGAGAUUCUGACCUGUUAAAGCUAAUUAAUGUUCAGGGGAGUGGGGGGUUAAUCCUAUACACCCUCACAGCAAAUAUUUAAGUGUCUCUGAUACAUGAUGGUAUUGAGCAUGUUAUGCAUUUGAAACAUGUACAAAUGCGGCAUCUCAUGCAUGUUACCCAAAACACGUGUUCUAGAAAUAGAAACAUGGAUCUUGGAAUGGAACAUGUUCAGCUGUUGCACAGACUCAGUGAUAUGACCUGAGAAUAAACAGUGGCGCAAACAAAGACUCUAUUGAGAGGUCGCAAAGCAAGAGGCUGCCCUCGGUAGCAGCACCCACGUAGGUAAUUUUAAGUAUCUGCACAUGUGCGCUGGAGAGUGCCUCCUGCUUCAUGCUUUCUUUGUUUGUGUCUGAAGCCGGGCGUUUGUGGUAACGUCACACUGAUGAAUGGAGGCAGUUUCUGCCUUGAUAAGAUUAUUGGUCAGAGGGCACUAGUAAGGGUAGAGGUUUUUAAUAGGAUAACGUUUUGAGGUGCUAGAACCUGAAAACUACCAAGUUGUUCUUCACAUUAAUAUUUUCUGGAACAAGCACCUGUGACCGACCAAGAGUCUCUUGCUCGCCAAAGGGCUGUUUUACCCACUGAACUCAAGCUUAGAUAUCAGCUCAGGGAGCUAACGCAAGUCUUCAGGUCUCAGGCUGGUUCUGAACCACCUCUCUUACACCCACCCACGACUAGCCUGUAUGUUACAGCGGAAACUGCACUUUAGAAUAGGUAAGGAUAAAAGAGAUACAGUAUAUUGCCUGUCUCAUGCAUUUAUGGAUGUGAUGCUGAUGGUGAUGGCAUGCAUGUGAAAGGUGUGUGGGCCCUCAGAAAGCGCUCCUUCUGCCAACGUAAUGCUCCUAGAGUGCAUAGCGGGGCCCGAUAUGCACAGGGCCACAUUAGUUUUAAUAGAAAUACCAUUUGUCCUGCUACAUUAUUGAUGUCCCUACUGUUCACUAAGAUCGAGUGCCUCUCAAGGACAAUGGGCGUAUUAAGCAUGCCAUUUUCCAGCACCAUCCCUCAACUCUUAUGCUAACACAUUCAAAACGUGAUGAAUAAAACCCAUUUAUAUUUUUUCAAAAUCAAAGCCUCAAUUGGCCGUCAGUGAGUAGUAAAACUGUGGGAAAGAUAAGUUGGAGUGUUUGAGCUCUGGUAAUACUAAUCGUGUCUCGCUUGACAGUAUGUCAUGCUUUGCUUUUGUCUGUAAGGAUUUAAAGGCCUUCUGGAGGUCUUUAGUCAAAGGUCACAUUUUUCACAUGGGUGUCCAUGUUGUUUAGAACUCAGACUAAUGUAUCAGUGGAGUUGUCAUAUUUAGAGCAAGGGAUGUUCUGGGGACUGACUCCCCUCUCCUCCCUUCAUGGCAGAAGGCCAUCUUAGCAGGCCUGUGAUUUGCAUAUCCAAUCCUUCCUUUAACACUUGGUGGAGAGGAUUUAUUUCCAGACGCGGUCGGAGGCCAGGCUGCAAACUGAAAACGUCACGGCUGUGAUGAGAUGUCAGCGGAGGCGUUCGACAGCGUGGCGCCGAAAUGAAGUUGUCAUCUCAUAUUCCGGUGGGCCGUCCGCUUUGCCGCCAGAUUCCUCGAGACCAGGGAUGGGCCGUCCGCCUCGCCGUCAGAUUCCUUGUGACCAGGGGUGGGCAGUCAGCCUCGCCGUCAGAUUCCUCAUGACCAGGGGUGGGCCGUCCACCUCGCCGCCAGAUUCCUCGUGACCAGGGAUGGGCCGUCCACCUCGCCUCCAGAUUCCUCGUGACCAGGGAUGGGCCGUCCACCUCGCCUCCAGAUUCCUCGUGACCAGGGAUGGGCCGUCCACCUCGCCUCCAGAUUCCUCGUGACCAGGGAUGGGCCGUCCACCUCGCCUCCAGAUUCCUCGUGACCAGGGAUGGGCCGUCCACCUCGCCUCCAGAUUCCUCGUGACCAGGGAUGGGCCGUCCACCUCGCCUCCAGAUUCUUUAUGACCAGGGGUGGGCCGUCCACCUCGCCUCCAGAUUCCUCGUGACCAGGGAUGGGCCGUCCACCUCGCCUCCAGAUUCCUCGUGACCAGGGAUGGGCCGUCCACCUCGCCUCCAGAUUCCUUGUGACCAGGGGUGGGCUGUCCACCUCGCCUCCAGAUUCCUCGUGACCAGGGGUGGGCCGUCCACCUCGCCUCCAGAUUCCUCGUGACCAGGGAUGGGCUGUCCACCUCGCCUCCAGAUUCUUCGUGACCAGGGGCCGCCUCACUGUCAGACAACCGCGGGUCGAUUGAAGCAGCAAAACGCCACAGAGUCAAUUCAUUUUCUCUCCCGCUCCAUUCCAAAUAUGGGCCUCCAAAUGCUGGAGGAUGCCAUUUAUUUUCCCCAAUCUUUGUCAAAUGCUAAUUGCACGCCUGGUUAUCCCGGGAAAUGAACUAGGCGACUUUCAACUCGCUGCGCUGAUCAUUUCCAUUGGUUCAAAGACAAGGCUUAAAAGAGGUGCCAAUUAUUUAAUAUAGCCAACCGGAGCUCGGUGGCCAAUUAGACGAGACGCGGCUCAACCUUGGACAUACAGAAAACUGAAAGGCAGUGUGAGAGCUUGAAAUGGACGAUUGAUCAUAGUACGAAACAUUCAGUCCUUCUGCAGUGUGCCAGGGUAAAUGGUGUCUCUGUGAUAAUGGGUUCAUUGAGGGCAGAUGCCUUACUAAUACACAAAUGAUGUGAUCAAUGUAUGAACAGCAAAGCUGUUGUUAAAGUUGGACUUCAGUAUGUGUUUGCCAAUUAUCUUUAAAUAAGAUCUGGGCCCGUAUUCACAAAUCGUCCUAGAUUACUGAUCUAGAAUCAGGUCCCCCUUCUUAUUCAUUAUGACUUAAAAGUCUAAACUGACCCUAGAUCAGCACUCUUACUCUAUGAAUAUGGGCCUAGGUUUAUAAGAAUUCAACAGGAUCAAUGUGGGUGGGAUACUGACAUAACCUGGCCUUCUAUAUUAUAUGUAAUUGACCUGAUAUUGAUUAAUGGCACAAUUCAUGCAAUAUAUACACUACCAGUCAAAAGUUUUAGAACACCCUCUCAUUCAAGGGUUUUUCUUUAUUUUUGCUAUUUUCUACAUUAUAGAAUAAUAGUGAAGACAUCAAAACUAUGAAAUAACACAUAUGGAAUCAUGUAGUAACCAAAAAAGUGUUAAACAAAUCAAAAUAUAUUUUAUAUUUGAGAUUCUUCAAAUAAGCCACCCUUUGCUUUGAUGACAGCUUUGCACACUCUUGGCAUUCUCUCAACCAGCUUCAUGUGGUAGUCACCUGGAAUGCAUUUCAAUUAAGAGGUGUGCCCUCUUAAAAGUUGAUUUGUGGAAUUUCUUUCCUUCUUAAUGUGUUUGAGCCAAUCAGUUACUUUAUGAUAUGAAGGUCAGUCAAUACGGAAAAUUUCAAGUUUCUUUUAAGUGAAGUCGCAAAAACCAUCAAGCGCUAUGAUGAAACUGGCUCUCAUGACGACCGCCACAGGAACGGAAGACCCAGAGUUACCUCUGCUGCAGAGGAUAAGUUCAUUAGAGUUACCAGCCUCAGAAAUUGACGCCCAAAUAAAUGCUUCACGGAGUUCAAGUAACAGACACAUCAACAUCAACUGUUCAGAGGAGACUGUGUGAAUCAGGCCUUCAUGGUCGAAUUGCUGCAAAGAAACCACUACUAAAGGACACCAAUAAUAAGAAGAGACUUGCUUGGGCCAAGAAACACGAGCAAUGGACAUUAGACCGGUGGAAAUGUGUCCUUUGGUCUGGAGUCCAAAUUGGAGAUUUUUGGUUCCAACCGCCUUGUCUUUGUGAGACGCGGUGUGGGUGAACGGAUUAUCUCUGCAUGUGUAUUUCCCACCGUAAAGCAUGGAGGAGGAGGUGUUAUGGUGUGGGGGUGCUUUGCUGGUGACACUGUCUGUGAAUUAUUUAGAAUUCAAGGCAUACUUAACCAGCAUGGCUACCACAGCACUGUACGAUAAGUACAUCCGUCCGUGCCAGGCUGUGACUGACUACAGGACCCGUUGGAGUGGCAUCCAGAGGCACCAUUUACAGAACGCUCUGCCCUUCCCCAAGGCUAGGACAGAGAUACUACGAAUACUGGAUGGGAAAGUGGUGAUCGGUCACGCUCUGUACAAUGACUUCCAGGCCUUGGACUUCACCCACCCAUGUCACAUGAUCAGGGACACAAGUGGUAUGCGUCUGCUCAGGCGACUGGCUGGCUUCCCCACAAAGCGCUGUGUCUCACUCAAGAUCCUGGCCAACAGCCUCCUAAACAGGAAAAUACAGGUUGGAAGGAGGGGCCACAGUUCAGUGGAGGACGCUCUCGCUUCCUUGGACCUGUAUAAACUCGUGGAGGGGGAGUGGGAACAGGAUAUGCAAGAGAGAAUGAGGGACCGAGACACAGGCACUCUCCCAGACCCCGCCACCUCAAACCACUACAUGCAGGACCAGUACUGGCCAGAGGACUUGACCAAUGACAGCCAUUGA